AUGGACCUUUCAGUGGCUCCUGCCCGGAGGCAAAGGGAGAAGCCGCCCUUCCUCAACAACAACAACACUACCACCACCACCAGCACUGAUUGGGACCCCGCACGCUCGUUCGCACAGCCGGGCUCUUUGCUCCGACACCACCAUCCUCACCAGCCAUUGGCCCCUUCGAUCCGCCUCCACUCCGACUCGAUGCAGCAGCCCUCUGGCAUCCCUGCCGCUGCGUCCAGCACUGCGACGCUGCCGGCACCCACAUCGCCGCUCCCGCCCCUACCGAGCGGUCUGUCGCCCGUCAUUGAGGGAGAGGGAUCGAUCGCGAGCAGCGACUACACGUCGUGCCGCUCCUCGCCGGCCCAAGUCGCCAACCAGGACGUGGCGGGCGCUGUGCCGCCGCCGCCCCGGCCUCACUUGCAUCCCAAGCGCGAUCCGUCGUCGAGCCCCGACUUUCGUGCGCUCGACGAUCGGUCUCCCCGCCUGCCCGCUCGACACGGGCUUGCAUCGACCGUGCCGGCCGACGGCAGCUCCAAGCCUCGCCAGCGCCAGCGCGUCCUCGACCUCGGCCGGGCCGAAGACGAGGAUCGGUCGGACGGCUCAGCCGGCGUGCCCAAAUGGAGCACCCUGUACAGCUCCACAGUGCACCAGGACUAUGACCGGCCGUUUGGCCUCGCAUCUUCGCUCCCGUACCAUGCUAGCCCAACGAAUGCGGUGGGAGGCACUGGGCGCCGAUCGACCAAGGCGGCCAAGGUGACGCCAACGCCCAAGGGAAGCGCCGAUGGCCGUCCGCCAUCGUCGUCCUCGUCCUCGUCAUCAUCGGCCCACAAGAAGCGGGCUGGCGCCCACAAGCCUCAGUCCCCUCACCAGAACCAGCAGCCGGCCACGUUCUCGUCGGGCAGCCCGCUGCUGCUGUCGAGUGGAGAGAUGCCAUCACCCUCCUCACCGUCGAACUUGUCGAGCGCCCGAAGAGGCCAGGAUGGCGCUGCUGUGGCGGCGGCGGCGGCGGCGGCGGCAGAGAAGCCCGAUGUCGACAUGAUUGACGGUGCCGAUACUGACAGCGGCAGGGACAAGCCGGCUCCGACGAAAUCGUAUACGAUCAAGGCCAGGUCCUCGUCUCGCGCUGGUCAUCCGCAGUUGCGACGGGACAGCAGCUACCACGUCGACGAUGAUGUGCUCGAGGAGGUCCUCUCCGCACCGCCGGUGCCUCCUCCAAGAAGCUUGGCCAGGGCUGGCGGAGCACGAAGUGGAGCCGCGGGGAGAGCAGCUCAGGCAAGAGAAGCAGGACGCUUCGUGGCCAACGACGACGAGCCAGACGAGGAGGAAGAGGGAGACGACGACGACGACGGGCGGGACAGCGUGGCGGGCAUGGAGCCGGCCUGGAGCGACGGUGCGAGCUUCGUGGAUGGGAUCCCCUUUGGCGGGCGUGGUGCGUUUGGCCACGAGGCGGGACAGGACGCCGACGACAUGGACGAAGAGAGCGAUGCAGAAGCGAUGGCCUCGUCGGCAGCUGCAGCAGCCAGGCGCAAGGCGAGAAAGCAGGACGAAGAAGCCUCCGAAACAUUUGAGAUGGCUGCCCUGCGACGACAGGUCGAGCAGCUGCAGAUGGCUUUGAAGCGCCAGAUGCAGGCCAACCAGCAGCAGAGGCGAUCGCGACCUCAACAAAAGGAUCCUAGCAGUCCAUUCAUGACCCUCGGAAUCCCCACACCACCGGGAAGCUCCCGGCCCGACAGCUUCGUCAGCGGUCCUCUGGGUAAAGGCUCAGUCGCGCCAUACUCGACGGACAUGACAAUGGUGGGCGAGGAGUCUAGCAACGGUCGAUUUGUCCGGCCUCGCGUCACCUCAGAUCCACCGACGCUGAGCAGCGUUGUUCUGGGCGAGUCGGUGUCGCAGGUCACAAGAUUGAGCGAUCGGCGAGUCGAAGAGCUGGCACAGAAGAUUGAAGCACUUGAGAAUCUCUUCAGAUCGGCCAGCAUCAGCCCGCACCCCAGCGAUGGCUCUGCCGUCAGCGUAAGGCCUGCUUCGAUGGACCUGACCAGCCUCGCUCAGGCGCAACAGGACGGCCAGCAGCGCGCGCUCGCUCCCGAGCAGCUACGGCCAUACCCAUACGACAUCGACGAGUGGCGCGCCAACUCGCCCUCUGCGGCCGGCCCGCAGAGGUCACGGUACAUGCCCACGCGCUCGCCCUCGCUCUCGACAAUUUCCACGCGCGACGGUCGCGGCCAGUUCGUCGUCAACAACGGUACGAGCACCAUUGGGAGCAGUUACACGCGGAAUCGUUCUCCAGCUGCCUCGGCGUUCCACUACAAUGCUACCCCCUAUUCGAGGGGCGGGCCAGAGGCACCCAUGCCGGCCAUGUCGACGUCGGCCCUCCCUUACCCGGGACGGCAGGGCGACAAGAGCUUCCUGUCGCCACUGACUCCCAGCUCGACUCACGGAGCUGCAAGCAACAGCAGCAGCGAAGGGCAGCAGCAGUCGCAGCAGCGCAAGCGUGGUGUCGCCCGCUUCAUCAUGUCUCGAAAGAUGAGUGGCCAAGAGGCGUACCACCACGACGAUGUGGACCGCCACCCAGACCCAAACAUCAAGACGAUGCAGGUCAGCUGGAGCAAGAAGCGCAUGGAGAAAGUCGAGAAGCCUCAUACAAAGGUCAAGACGGGGCCGGGAAGAGGAAGGAUGGUGAUUCAGCCAAAGACGUAG